UAUUGUGCCCCCCCCCCUACUAUUUUGGGUAGGGGGGACACGUCCCCCCUGGGAUUUCUGCCCAUGAUGGAGAAUAAAACACCUAGCACCCCUAGAAAAUCUUGGGGGUGCUUCACCCCAGCAUCCCUGCUUCCCAGCGCCAUGAAUUAUGGGCACACUAUACCACAGGGUAUCCUAAUUUGUAGUCGAUAAAUGCGAGGUCUGAACCCGGGGGCCUUAAAGGAUCAGGCAGACCACUUGACCUCGAUCGCCUCACAUCUCAGUAGUGUCUCCCUCUUUUGGGCAAAGCUUUACAGUGCUCCCCUGGCAAAUGUCUUCCGGGAUUCUGCUUGCAUUUGAGAGUGAGAAGCAGACGUGAAAAUCUAUCGUUGAAAACAUCAUUAAUUCUUCGUCUCACCUCUAAAUCUAAAGGAAGAUGUCUUCUCUAAAAGAAUUUGCUAAGUCUGAUUUUGACCCUGAGCAGCACGUGGAGCAGCUUGCCUGGCGUGUUUUAGGUGGGGACACCAGGGAUGGUCCAGGCAGCUUUGAUCCUAAGAAGAUGCUCAAUGCAUUUGUGUGUACCAUUGAGGAGCUGAAGCUAAGCUCUGCCAGGGUAGAGGAGAAGAUCACAAAGCUAGAACAUGGUAUGAAGACUGAGAUGAAGCAGCAUGCUAAACGUAUCUCACAGCUUCAGGAUCAUAAUAAGCUAGCCUUUCUACAUUUUCAAGAGCUAGAUGAGCGUAUCAACAGUGUAGCAACCAAAGUUGUUCAUCUAGGAGACCAGUUAGAGGGUGUUAACACACCCAGGUCAAGGGCAGAGGAAGCACUCAAACUCAUCCAAUACUUUGCAGAUUUCAUGGAUGAUUUUGGACCAACAGCUGAUAUCUUCAAUGAUCCAGAAAAGUACCAAGAAGCUGCUGAUGUUAUACAGAAGCUACAACUAAUUGCCCAAGAGUUACCACAAGAUCAAUUUGAUAAGCCAAAGAAAAAGAUUCAAGAGAAAUAUAAUCAGAUAGAGGAGGAUCUAAUCCAAGAUUUCAGACAUUACUUCCAAGAAGCUGACAUUGAAAGAAUGAAAGAAUUAGCAAAUAUUCUCAUUCAUUUUAAGGGUUACAAUCGAUGUGUGGAUGCUUUCAUUGAGGAAAGUCAGAUGAAUUGUUUCAUUCUUCAAGACGUAUGUGAAGAUCUGCUUCCACUGUGCAAGAAGGUUAAUGCCUUAAUUCAUGAUGUAUUCAGUAGUCCUGAGAGCGUGAUGGGGAGGUUUGUGGUCAACCUUUAUGAAGAUAAGUUACAGACACAUGUGAAGGGCAAGCUAGCUGACAAGAAUGAUUUAGAACACUAUCUAAAAAACCUGCAACAUCUGUAUGUGAGGACAGAUAGGCUAACAAGUGCCCUGGCUGAAUACCGGCUAGGAUCCGAUGCCCACCUCCUCAGCCGUCUGACUAAGAAGAUCUUUGGAGCAUACCUUAACAAGUACAAUGUCGCUGAGACUAAACAUCUUAGAGAAAAGAUGGCAGAUCAUCUUGAUAUGUAUUAUAAGGGGCUUGGUCACACCAAGAAGGGUCCACAGCCUGUUGACAGAUUUCAAGACCUUCAGAACAAGAUCAGGACCAAGGCUCCACUAAACAUCGUAGGAGCAGCUCCAGUGGCAGACUACAAAGGAGAGACUUUCCUCUCACAAGAAUUGGCUCUAAAUCUCCUCUAUGAAGCAAAAAUGAGCUUUACGAGAUGUCAACUGCUGUCGAACCAAUCCAACCUUGCCAAGAAUGCCUAUGAUAUUUUCUGUAUCCUGAUUGACUUCAUGUGCAAUGAGCACAUUGACUAUGCCCUGGAGCUGGGUCUGACAGGGAUACCAAUGGGUGAACCUCGAGCCCCUCCUGCAAGCUACUUCUUUGAGAUUGUCUGCCAGGCCAAUGCCAUCUUCCAUCUUCUAGAGAAGCAGUUCAGUGACAUCUUGGUACCUCUCAUUAGUUCCACUGAGCAGCAUACAGAGUGUGUGGCAAAGAAGAAAGCUUUGAUGGAACAAAUGGAAGGGAAGCUAGAAAUAGGAGUGGACAGGUUAUUAAAUGCCAUCUGUGGAUGGCUCAAGCACCUGCUAUCAACUGAGCAGAAGAAGACGGACUUUAGACCUGAAGCAGAGGCUGGAAUGAUGACACCAUUCUCUCCAGCUUGUGCUAAAGUGAUUUCCUACAUGGAAAAGCAGGUUGAAACCAUCAAGAGAUGCAUGGAUGGCAAGAACAUCAACUCAACAUUGGCAGAGCUUGGUAUACGAUUCCAUAGAGUUGUCUAUGAUCAUCUUCAACAAUUCUCCUAUAACUCAAUGGGUGCAAUGUUAGUAAUCUGUGAUGUCAAUGAAUACAGAAGACUAGUCAAGAAUUUCAAGGUUCCAGUGGUUAACACACUGUUUGAGAUGCUCCAUGCCCUGUGUAACCUGUUAGUUGUAGCUCCAGAGAAUCUUAGACAAGUCAUCACAGGAGAACAGCUGGCUGGAUUAGACAAGUCAGUGGUUAUGUCCUUUGUCCAGUUGAGAUCUGACUUCAAGACAGCAAAGAUUGCCCAGCUCCUGAGAUAGCAACAUCCUUGGUGAAGUUGGCGGUAGUGACAUAGAUUAUACCUGGCUUCUUCUGAUGAGCUUCAGCAUUUUCUGUAGCUUUUCCUGAAGAACCCAAACUCCUGAUAUAGCAACAUCCUUGAUGACUAUGGCAUAGAUUAUACCUGACUGUUUCUUCUGAGCUUCAGCAUUCUCUAGCAUUUCUUAGAGCUCAGCGCCUGAGAAGGCAACAUUCUCGAUGACAACAGCAUUUAUCAUGGCAAGUUUUUUCAGAUCUUCAGGGUGCUCUCUAGGCUUUCCUUAAGAACCCAGAUCCUGAGAUAACACCAUCAUUGAUGACUAUAACAUGGACUUUACCAGGCUUCAUCUGAGCACCAGCAUUCUCUGUAGUCUUUCCUGAAGAACCCAUCGCCCGAAGUUGCAACAUUCUAGAUGACAGUAACAAGAUUGCAUCUGUCUUAUUCUCCUGAGCUUCUGCAUUCUCAGUAGCCUUUCCUGAAGAGCGAUUUGUAUUAACUAGGUCUACAAGCAGUUGGUCUACUUCUCAGAUACCAUAGAGCUAAAUCCAUUUGAGAUGAUCUUUGUAGGUUUGCAUGGUGGAGUUUAUAACGAGAAGAAGGUUUUCAGUGUAUCAUGUGUAAUAUGAAGAAGGGAAGGAAAUACAGGCAGAAAGAUUGAAAUAGAAAGACGAGAAAGGAUGAAAUGACGAAAGAGUACCCCACGCACGUUGCGCAUCCUUCACUCCGGAAGACGGACAGUCAACCUGCCCGAAACAUUGAGUAACCUCUCUUCACUUCAUCCUGGUACUAUUCAAACCAUCGCUACUCAAGCCACAUUCAGCUCAUCUCAUCUGGUUUACAGUCCUUUUCAGGACUUUACUCACUUUCAAGAAAAUGAUACUUCUAAUUUCCUCUUUUCAUCCUCGUCUUUCCAUUUCGAUCUUUCAGCCUCUAUUUCCUUCCCUUCUUCAUAUUACACAUGGUGAACCGUAAACCUUCUCCACAUUAAAUCCAUUUGGUUUUAUAAUGUCAAUGUGGUCUAGUUGCUGUUUAGUCCAAUACCCACUUAGUCUCAUUCCCAUUUAGUCUGUAUGCCCAGUUGGUCUACUUUCCUCUGUCUUCCUAUUAUUUUUUACUUCGUCAGAUUAAUUUUUUUUUCAUAAACAGUUCAUACAACCAUUAUAGACAUAGUGGUUUUUAGGCCAAGUGGAAAUAAGAUGAAAUAGGUAUGUAUCUUAACUCUUUGCCCGCCACGGAUGACUCGCGGCACAUAAAGAGGACUGCCAACGACGACUCAAGUCACAGUUCGCACACAAUGCAUACGGCAC